UCUUCUUGGGAAUGAAAAUUAAUAAUGUCAUCACAAUAAUUUAGACCUCCAAGUCUAAAAACUAAAGGAGGGCCCACAAGUCACAGCUCCCAACUUGUCAUUCGCCAUUGCUAGGCUUCCCCUCUUUUUAAAAGAAGAACUGAAAGAUGGCCCACAAAACCAUUGGAUUGGACUUUUCGGACUAUUCACCACCUAUACAAAAGAUUCCAAUCUCAGAGUCCUUAAAGCUCGGGCUACUGAAUCCCGGUCUAUUCUUUCAUACCAAGUCAAGAGGGUCCGAUCCUUUAUUUUUUUGGGUCUUUUGGGGGCAAUUCGCAGUGGCAGUGGCAGUGGAUCUCUUCCACCGUUUCGGUCCGUUGGGCAGCCCCGGUUGCCGACCAGGACCAGGCCCAGCUAUAGUCUAUAGGGUAUAGCCUAUGGAAUGAAGCCGGCAUUCGAGAAGGGAGCCCAAGUCAACGGUCAAAACCCCGCCUUGUUUCUUGUUAUAAAGUUGACGUCCCACUCCCACCAUCUUUCCUGUUUUUAAAAGGGAUAAGAACACUGCACUCCAAAAUCCAAAUUACAAGGCUAACAACUAAUCCCACUCCACCACACAAACUAAACUGCUCAAUUUCAGCUACUCUAUCAUCUCUCUGCCAAAUCUAGAAGAAAAGAGAUGCAUCUUCUGACCUCAGAAACCGAUGUCUUCGAUCGCAUCCCCGACCCCAUCGUUCUUCUCAUCUUCAACCACUUAUCCGACAUCAAAUCCUUAAUCCGCUGCCGAGCCGUGUCGAAGCGCUUCAACUCCCUCGUCCUGCAGGCCGACAACCUAGUGGUGAAGGUUGAUCGCGUCAUCUCCAACGAAACUGGUGAGUGGAGCUUCCUACUACACCUCCUCAGGUCUAUACUCCAGUCCUUGCAAGACUUGAUAUCCCUGAGACGACUUCCAAUCCAGCCCCGAAACAGAAACUCUCCCACCGAAAUCCUUCGCGGAUUCGAGAGUAUCAGACGGCUUGUGAUCGAACUUCCGGCUGGAGAUCUCCGUUUGGAGAAGGAUGCGGUUGUGAGAUGGAGGGCGGAGUUCGGGAAAACAUUGAAGAGCUGCGUAAUUUUUGCGGUCCGGACCAUCGGAGAAGCGACUGACGAUGGGGGAGGCAACGGAGGAGACGGGGAUGACAUGGACUUCAACGGUGAAGACGGAGGGGGAGGACUGAAGUUGAGAGUGGUGUGGACGAUUAGCGCUCUGAUUGCGGCUUCGGCGAGACAUUAUUUGUUGAGAGAUGUGAUCAGAGAGCACAGAGAGAUGGAAAGCUUGGUAUUGAAGGACAGAGAAGAGGAGGGGACGAUGGUGAUGGAUAAGGAGGGGCUGAGGGAGUUCAGGGAAGCUGCAGUGGAGGAGGAGGAGGAGCAGGAGGCGAAUCAAGUCAAUAAUAGGACGGUGGGGUGGAAGAAUAGGACGACGGUACCAGCGGUGCGGAUGAGGAUGAUGCACGAGCCACGGCUGGAUCUUCCGGGCGGCGUAAGGAUGAAGGGUGCGACACUGGUGGUGGUGAGUCCCGCAGCCGCACAAGGCCAAGGGACGGAGACAGCAGACGACUCGGCCAAAGAGUCAGAGGAGCAGAAGUUGGCGUUGGAUGCGUUUGGAGGGAUGUUUGGGGAGGCAGCCAAAGCAUUGGUCAAAAGUCGGAGUUACCUGCUUGAGAUGAACUCGUUCUAGAAAUCUAGAGUCCUACUUCCUACGUGUAAUGUAUCUAUUAUAUAUGUAUCAUACUAUCAUAUCAUGUAUGCACGGGGUGGUUUUUCAAUUUUCACUCUACCGUAACUGUUACCAUUAAUUCGUGUAAAACAUGAAUUGUGUGUGAGUUUAUCUUCGUCACACGGCCCACCGUGUAUUGGCAA